AUGCCGACUCGUUACAUCGCCGAGAUCGACCAGUCCAAGGAGGACCGUGACAAGCUCCGCGAGAACCAGUACUUGCUUCAGGUCGCCAAAGCUGUUGCGACCGGGGACAAGCCCGAGUUCAAUGUGGUUUAUGCCUCCAAGAUCCUCGCCCCCCACAUGAACGUUCAGUGGACCACAAAAUACGGACUCAACUGGGCCACGGACAUGCCCGCUCCUGGCUCAGAGGUCAUGUACAGCGGCACUUGGCAGCAGUGUGAGCUUGGUUCCUCUUACACCCUGGACCAGGACGGUGAUUGGUCUGCCAAGCAGGAAAAUCCCCAUGCGAAGCCUGACUCUCUGAACGUUGCCUCCAACGACUAUGCAGUCGGGGUUCAUAUUCCGGUUGGUGUUCGAGACCCAACUUCCAAGAAGUGGACUCCGAUCUGGUUUGGCAAGAACAUGCUCCUGACAGGCACUCACGGAGAAUACCAGCCCAUUGAGACUGUCAACAUUUGGUAUCAGGAAGGCCAGCGGACCGCGACCAUGAUAUCCGACCAGUCCACCUCGGUUCAGCCAUAUGAGAUGCCGCCUUCGCGUCCAGUUUACUUCUCGUAUGAUGCUAUCAAAGGAAAAUGGCGUACCCCUCAGGACCAGCCGUUCGAAUUCCCUUGA